CUUCUCUUUUAACCCUUCUCUUCCUCUCUUUCUCUUCAUCCUGUUCUUGUUCUUCGCGGUGUUCACCGCAGACGACUACGACAACGAAACGACAUCCUCCUCCACCACCUCCACCAUGUCUCUUGGUGGUUGUUUUAUCUUAGUUUAUUGUUAGAGAGACCACGUAGAUCCAUCAUGGACGUAGAGUCGACCAGUGGAUCUUAGAGUAUAUACUAGGAGCGUUCUCUCUCCCUACCCUACCAACUGUUUUCGAUGUUACUUCUUCGGCAUGUCGAAACUUCACUUCAGAGAGUGUCUUUCUGUUCUAACGAAAGGGAUCAGUGAUUUUCACGGAGUUUGUGUGUUCAGUGAUAAGACCACGUGAGCCUUCUUCUCAGUGAGUUACGAGAGUUAAGAAUGGAAGAAAAAUCUAAAUUAAAUGGUAAUAUCAUAAUCGUGAUAAAAACAAUGGGGAUAUUUACGUCGACGAUAAUAUUAUUGUUAUGUUUUUUAAUUGGUGUCUCGUUAUAAUGUGUUUAUGUGUGUUGGAACCAAGAAGAAAGACUUCAAAGAAAGAAAGAGAAAGAAAGAGAGAGAGAGAGGAAGAAAUAUGCGUUGUUUGUUUACGAAAGGAAAAGGUCGCAUAUCGACGUAACGUAGCAUUCCUUUUGAAUUAAGAGGACAGUUUCGUUCGAAUGCUCGACGAACGAGCACGGUCGUUUCGUAUAAAAGGGAAGUUAAACGUCAAGGAAGCUUUUGAGAUAGGUGAAAAGUUGAAAAUGUUAACAAGUUUAGCGAUGAAUCGAUGGAAUGAGGUAAAGAAAAGUCGUAACUACUACAUACGCGUGUGCAACGUUUUUCAAGCACGUGUUUCGACGUCAUUACACAAUUUCAUGUUUCUCGUGCGGGAUUAAAAAGAAGAAGAAGAAGAAGAAGAAGAAGUAAAGGUUGAAGGUAUUACCUCGUGGGACAUUAUCGAAGUUCCAUUUUAAACGUGUCGUGUGCGUAAACGUAUGUACGCGUGUGUACGUGGCUGGAACGAAAAGUAUGCGGCACCGUGCAAGAUGAAGGGGCCAAGAAUCAGUGGCCUACCGAAAGAGAAAAAGUUGGACUUUUGCCAAAAGGCACGUCAGGAGUGUUGGCGAGUGUUGCUUACGUACUUGAGCUUCUGUGCGUUGCUGCCCGGAACCAUUCUUUCAGAGCCUGCUCAUGUACGCGAAAUGUCCAAAGGAAAUUCUCGUAGGAAUGUAAACGAUCCCACCACUAACGAUUACGUCGACACGGAUUUGCCUAUUUUCGAGCCGACUGCUUCAAAUGUUACGGCCUUCGUUGGACAAACUGUGUAUCUGCCAUGCAGAGUGAGAAAAUUGGCCGACAAAGUGGUGUCUUGGAUGAGAAUCAGAGACCUUCAUAUACUUACAGCAGGUACCGCAGCCUUCAGUAGUGAUACGAGGUUCAGUCCUCAACAUACUCCGGGGAGUGAUGCUUGGACCCUCAGGUUGGAUAAUGUUAAAAAGACGGAUUCGGGUAUAUACGAAUGUCAAGUUAACACGGAACCGAAGAUUAUGUAUGCAGUUCAAUUAUCAGUGAGAGAGGCAGAUAAACCAGAGGGUUACGACGAACCUCGUUCUCAACAAACACGCAUAAGUUACGAAAGUACGGCACCAGUGGCGGCUAUAAUGGGUCCUAGAGAGCAAAGGGUACCAUCGGGAUCGACGAUCACCCUAAGAUGCGUCAUAUCGUCUCCAUAUCAGACUCGUCCCAUCAGGGGUGUACAAUGGCUUCGGGAUAACAAACUCCUAACAUUCCAGGCAGCUCGCGGUGGUAUAAAUGUGGAAACUGAAAAAGGAGCGGCACAAACAGUUUCUGAAUUGACUUUGGCUGCUUUAACGGAAAAUGAUAUAGGAAAGUAUUCGUGCAGACCAGCGGAGGGACGAUCGGAUACCAUCAUGCUGAUAGUUGAACCAGGAGAACGUACGGAAGCCAUGCAACGUGACGCCGGAUACGUUUCUUCCGGAAAUGACGUCAGCCGCUGGUCCGGGUUUCUACUUCCGUUGUCGUGUUGGCAUAACAAGACAACGCGCUCGCGUAAACUUUCGAUGUAGGCCAGGAUGACUACGACGACGACGACUACGACGACGACUACGACGUGGUGGACAGAAUUGGUGCACGAUUAUGCGCGACGAUGCCAGCCAACCAACCAAACCAACCAACCAACCAACCAGCCAGAGCCUCGAUCGAACGGAUUCAAGCGUUGAAUGUUGCUCGAUGAUGACGGAAAUGGAAACAUGAAAAUGCAUUACACAAUAUUAACCAAAUUUUGUCUAAUCGUAUAAACGUAUUUGUUAUAUAACAUAAAUAUAUUAGUCACGUGUUUUUGUCACUUGUAGAUGACAAUAAAAAAAAAAAGUAAGUAAAUGUAGAAAACCUUAUAAAAGAUUGGAUGAGAGGGUGAGACUAAAAUUGGUAAUUGAACUGAUCGAACACGAGUUAAAAGUGUUCGAUAUAUGGAUUAAAAAAAAGAAAAGGUUGCUUAUCGUACGUUGCUUAUCACUUUUUUUUAUUCGACUUUAUUAACAGUAUCUAGUAUAUAAUGGUAGUUGUAAUCGAUUAAAAUGCUUGUUACGUGAGCAGAGCUAUCAUACGACAGUUUUUUUGGUGAGAGAUUAACAGUUCUAGGUUUGCGAUUCGGUUACGAUGAAGAAGAGGAGUGGGAACGGGGUGGGGAAAAAGGGGUGGUUUGGGUAGAAAGAGGAAAGAGAUAGGCGGCACUUAAGCGGUGCUAAGGUAGCUGGAUAAAAUAACACUAAAUUUAUGAGAGACCGUGAAUCAACGUGCUUUAUGAUUGCUCGAGUAACGAACGAUAAAUGGUGGUGGGUGAGUGGGUGGAUGAUAGAAGGAAGAGGAGGAGGWGGAGAAGGAGGUGGAGGAGGAGGAUGGGUAUGCGUCCCAGCGUUGUUUGGGUCAGCACGAAUCGAACGAGGUUUUCCCCACCAAUUGAAGAGAGGUACUAGUUACUCUGAGAGGAAAAGAGAUACUGAAAUAGUAUCGGGGUGAAAGGGUGAGGGGUAGGGGGGAUAUAGAGAAAGACGGACGGAAAAAGAGGGAAGUUGAAAAUUGGAAAACUGUAUUGUGUCCGGCAGCUGCUUCUCGCUCUUCUGGGACACAUUCGUUAGUGGCCACGUAUAGCGACGAUAAAUUUCACGCAUACCCCGUAUUUCUAUCUUUCGUUUCUAUCUUUCUCUCUCUCUCUCUAUCUAUCUCUAUCUCUUUUACAUUCUCUCGUUGCCAAAGUUCGAAUUAAAGAUCAACUUAUUACAGGAUUAUCGGUAUUUCGUGCGUGCUCAAUUUUACGAAAAAAAUAACAAAAAAACUUGGGCCGAGUAGUACUAGCGAGUAAAUAUUUUUGAAUUUGUCCUAAAAAUCGAAUCGUUUCUACGCUCUUUUUUUAUUAUUUCAUGUUUUUUUUUUAUGGUUGCCAAAAGAAAGGAUCAAAUUUUAUGGAGAGAGAGAGAGAAUUGGACAGUUAGGGGGAUUUUUACCUUGAAACUUCAUCCGUACGCGUACGAGAUUCGCGUAUGUUGCUCGUACACAUCGCGUGUAACCCUGUAUAUGUUAUGUCUAAAAAACAAAAAACAAAAAAAAAGGAAAAAGUGAUCGUUUCAACGCGAUGCGGAGGUUUUUUUAUUUUUUUUUUGUUUUUUGUUUUACGCAAGGUAGUUUUAAGCUAGGGGUAGUUGUUCGAGGACAAAUUUUGGGGUAUCCGUGACGAUCGGGUGCCGACUAAUUUAGACUGGCUGUUUUCCACCGCUAUGUUGAGGAAGGGUAGGAGAAUGAGGGGUGGUGGAGGUUUAGGAAAAAAAAGAGUAAAAAAAAAAAAUUGUUUUGCCAAUAAAGUGUUUGCCAUCUUGCCCCGUUAACGUGCGAUUCAAUUUCGUUGUAACGAAUAGCCGAAGCACCGAACGCGCUAGUAACUACUCUCUCUCACUCUCUCUCUCUCUCUCUUUCUCUCGUUCGUUCGUUCGUUCGUUCGUUCGUCUACACUAUCCAUGUUCAAUUCUCCCCUUCUCUUGUGACCCCUCUUGCGAGAGGUUUCUAGGGGUUGGUCCUCUCUUUCUCUCUCUCUCUCACCCCCCCAUGACUGGUUCGCUGACCCCUUUCAACCGUAGCAGCACCGUGAAAAGCUCCAAUGGCUCUUGGCUAUCGAAAAACAAUUAAACCGAUAAAAUAUCGACAAACACGACCGGAUAGACGGCUGAUACUUUAUCGGUCGCACGAGAAACCCUUCCCCCCUCAGGCGCCCUAUCCACUACCCUGUUCGAUCGCGCGCGAUUUUGUUCGCCGAUCGUUAUCUACUACUUCCUAGGAUUCCACCAACCAAACACACCUCCCCAACUCACCCUUCUUCUUGCUUUCCAUUUCCUUUUCUUUUGCCUGAGAUUCUAACG